AUGUACUUUAUUGUUAUUGAUGACAUAUGGGAUAUACAAACAUGGGAGAUGAUCAAUUGUGCUUUCAUCGAUAGUCAUCCAGAAAGUAGAAUAAUCAUAACUACUCGUGAUGUUGAUGUUGCCACAAAAGCUGGUGGCAUCUACCGCAUGGAACCACUUUCUGAUGAUAACUCCAAAAUGUUAUUCUAUACAAGAACAUUUGGUGGCGAUGGAGCAAGUCCAUAUAACCAACCUCCCGAAGUGACUAACAAAAUUUUAAAGAAAUGUGGUGGUGUGCCUUUAGCUAUCAUUACAAUAGCUAGCUUGCUUGUUGGUAAACGAUGUGAGGAUUGGUCUAAGGUGUAUGAUGCCAUUGGUUUUGGGCAUGAAGACAACAAAGUUGUUCAUAACACAAGAAAGAUAUUGUCAUUUAGCUAUUAUGAUCUGCCUUCCCAUUUGAAGACAUGUUUAUUAUAUCUAAGCAUGUUUCCUGAAGAUAGCUUGAUUGGGAAAGAAACACUGAUUUGGAGGUGGGUCUGUGAAGGUUUCAUCCUAGAUAGAGAAGGUAUAGGGUCAUUUGAGCUCGGGGAGAUCUAUUUCAACGAGCUCAUUAACAAAAGCAUGAUCCGGUGGAUUGAUGACUAUGAUGACGAGCAAGGUGGUUGUCGUGUCCAUGAUAUGGUGCUCGAUCUCAUCCGCACCAUAUCAAAUGAUAUAAACUUUGUUAAAAUACAUGAUAUGGAGCAGCAUGGCACAAGUUCGCGAGGACAACAAACCAAUAGGAUUCGCAGAUUAGCACUUCACAGAAGAAGUGCGGAACACAAUUCUAGCAUUGCCAUGGAACACCUAAGGUCAUUUUAUGUUGUUGGGUGCAGUGCUAAAAGGAUGCCCCUGCUUUUGUGCUUUAAAGUACUGCGUGUGCUAAUUAUUGAGGACUGUGUUUUUUCAGAAGGUAGUAGUCUUGAGCAUCUCGGUAAGUUGGUGCAGUUGAGGUACCUGGGACUAGUGAAGACAGCGGUCAAGAUCCCAGAAGGAAUAGGACAUGAUCUGAAGUUUCUCGAGAUAUUGGAUGUAAGGGGGUGUUUAAUAAGUGAGCUGCCGCCAUCUGUUGGUGAGCUAAUGAAUUUGAGGUGCUUGUGGGCUGAUUUAGGUACUGUGAUGAAAGGCGAGAUAGGAAAACUGACAUGCCUUGAAGAACUGCAGCUACAUUCGGUGGAGAAGUGCCCAAACUUCUUCACAGAGGUGGGGAAGCUGACAAAGUUAAGGGUGCUCAAGAUCUUUUUCCGUAAAAUAGAGUCUGCAGGCAAGGCUUUGAUGGAUUCUCUGUGCAAGCUGCACAAGAUCCAUAGUCUGACGGUCUUGGAUGUUGGUGAUGAGGAUGAGUAUUCAGUUGUCCUCAAUCAUAGCUUGGAAGACUUGGCACCCUGUACAAAGCUGUACGAGUUAGGUCUGCUUAGCAUAGUUAUACCGAGGGUGCCAUCAUGGAUCAAUCAUUUAAGUGUUCCACUCCUUUCUCGUCUAUGGUUGCAUGUGGAUGCGGUAGAAGUUCGAGAUGUUGAAACCAUCGGCAGGUUGCCGUCCCUCCUCGUCCUUGGUCUCUGGAGUAACGAUGAAAAGAAUAUAUCAUAUACUUUUGGCAGCAAUGAGUUUCACAAGCUGAGAGUCUUGUGGACGAAGAAGAUAGAGAUUGCCAUUGGAGCAGGAGCAUUGCCGAUGCUUGAAGCGCUGGUAUACAGUGCAAGCGUUGAAAGAAAGGACGCUGCCAACCUGGUGCCGCGGGGGAGAAAUAGCUGCCCUUUGCUGAAGUCAGUCGCCUGUUGGCUUGACUGCACUAACAGCAGCUACAGGGAAGUAAAGGAAGCGGAGAAAGUGCUGAGGCAGGCCGCCAGAACCCGUCACAAUCUCGGUGUCGACAUAGAAAAAGAAAACUACGAUGAGGAGGCAGGUAAAUUCAUUGAUAAUCUCGAGUGGAUCCUACGUGGGUUGGACAGACCCGACGAUGUGGGCCGUCCUGCUGCAUACCAGGAAGAAAGGAUACGUCGCAUGAUUAGAUCACUCGAGAGAAGGCUACGUGACGCUGGAGAGCCUCGGGUCGGGAGGUACGGCCAACAAGAGAUACGUGGCCUUGUUGCCAAAUUCAAGAGUUGGCUACAUGAUCAUGCAGGCACCGACCAGGAUGAGGCGGGCAAGAGUGCUGUCACGGACGAUGACGAUGACGAUGACGAUGAAGAUUAUUAUUACGAUGACGACAAUGCUACCGACCUAGCAGAGGCAGACGAUGGUGAAGCCACUUGGAGUCGGAAUCAGCAGGAGGAAGAGGGCGCCCAACCUUGA